AUGGGCAAACGAAAGACGUCUCCAUCGACCAUAGCACCAAAUGGAGAUGCAACCCAAAAAGUCUUCAUCAAUGUUCCUGUGCCAGCACGCAUGUUCAGUCAUCAUGGUAAGCCGUUACAAAAGUUUCCGUCCAAUGCCAUAUCGACGAGCAAGUAUACGGCUUGGAAUUUUCUGCCCAAGAACCUUUUUGAACAGUUCCGCCGUGUAGCGAAUCUCUAUUUCCUCCUCUUGACGAUCCUGCAGUUCUUUCCCGCCUAUUCAACAAUUAAUCCCUUCGUUUCCGCUCUACCACUAAUCGUCAUUGUGGGCCUAACAGCCGUUAAAGACGGGGUAGAAGACUGGCGGCGACAUCAAAGUGACAGAGAGAUGAACGGAACCAUGACGUGGAAGUGCGGAGGAUGGACAAAUGUGAAUCAAGUAUUUUGUGAGAAAGAGUGGGCGCUUCCUUGGGUUAGCAUGAAGGAAAAGAGAUCCAAAGGUGAUCGAAGGAUUGCUCCUAUCCAAGAAGACGACACAAAAGCCGCCGAUCCCCCGAAAUGGGUUCCAACGCCUUGGUCAGACGUCAAGACAGGAGACAUUAUCCUCUUGCACAGCAACGAUUCCAUCCCCGCCGACUUGUUGAUUCUCUCCACUUCGGAACCGUCGUCCCUCUGCUACAUCGAGACCAAAAAUCUAGAUGGUGAAACGAACCUCAAAAUCCGAAAAGGCGUGACGGAAACCGAGUGGAUGACGGAAGCCGGUGUUGCGGAAGAUGUGGGGAGUAUCAGUGGAUGGGUAGAAUAUGAGCGACCGAAUGGGGAUCUGUACUCGUUUCUGGGGACGAUGAUCUUGAAUAAAGUUGGGGAAACGGGCAAGAAUGUGUCCAUCCGCAUCCCGCUUACUAUCACCACUCUUCUAUUACGUGGUUGUAUCUUACGGAAUACGGAAUGGGUGAUUGGUCUUGUCAUCAAUACAGGAAAUAACACGAAGAUCCGGAUGAACGCGGGCAAAACGCCUUCCAAGCGCUCUAAAACCGAAAAGAGAAUGAACGUUCAAGUGUUUAUCAAUCUUCUUUUACUGUUUGCCAUUUGCUUCGCGACAUGCAUUGCCAAUCCGAUCUGGGAACGACGUAGAACUGCUGGCAGCCCUAUGUGGUUAGACUGGACUUACAAGAGUGGAGGGAUGAAUGUGGGUGCGGCGGGAUUAGAUGCCUUUUGGAUGAGUCUGAUCAUCUACCAAAAUGUCGUUCCACUUUCGUUAUAUAUUACUUUGGAAAUCGUCAAGACGAUUCAGGCGUAUUUUAUAUACGAAGACAUUGAAAUGUACCACGCGCCAAAUGACCAACGCUGCAUUCCGCGAAGCUGGGCGAUAGCCGAUGAUCUAGGACAAAUUGAUUACGUCUUCUCCGACAAAACGGGAACGUUGACACGGAAUGUAAUGGAGUUUAAAAAGUUUUCUGUGGCCGGCAUUGUGUAUGGGAAUGGAGGCGACGAUCUAGAGACGAGUCAAACAGUGGUGAACGCCAAAGAAAUCAAGCCGGAGAGACCAAGCUUUUGGGAUUUGGAAUUGGAAAAAAGACUUUCUGACCCCGCACAUCCUGACUAUCAUUCUCUGGCGACGCUCUUCACCUCAUUAGCGGUCUGCCACACAGUCCUGAUAUCCAAGGACCCCAAAACAGGGAAAAUAACCUACAAUGCUCAAUCACCGGACGAAUCCGCUCUAGUGGACGGCGCCAAGUCUGCAGGCUUUAUCUUUUCAUCCCGCGAAAAUACAACCAUAUCUGUUGACGUCCGAGGAGUGCGAAAUACCUACGAGUUGUUGAAUGUACUGGAAUUUAACUCGAAUCGAAAGAGGAUGAGCGUUGUUGUUCGAGAGUCGGUGGACGGCGGGGAGUCACGAGUGGUUUUGUAUUGUAAAGGUGCAGACUCGGUUAUUUGGGAACGCUUGAGAAGCGGGCAGGAGCAAGUGAAGGAGGUUACUGGACAGCAUCUAGAGAACUUUGCUGAGGAAGGACUUCGCACCCUCUGCAUAGCCCAGCGAGUUCUUCCAGAAGAAAUGUACAAGAGUUGGUCCAAGACGUAUCACGACGCGAGUACAUCCCUCACCGACCGCGAAGCUCGCAUGGACGCUGCAGCCGAGCUCAUUGAAUGCGACUUGGAGUUGUUGGGUGCAACGGCUAUUGAAGAUAAACUUCAGGAAGGUGUGCCAGAAUGUAUUGCCAUGCUUUUGGAUGCCGGUGUCAAGGUGUGGGUUUUGACUGGGGACAAAAUGGAAACAGCAAUCAAUAUUGGCUUUUCGUGCAAUUUGUUGAUGAGGGAUAUGGCACUCAUUGUUGUACGAGCGGAUAUAGCUGACGGUCCAGCAGGUGGAGCAGGAGUUUUAACACAAAUGAAACGAGCUCUCGAGACGUUCUUUGGUGAAACUCAAGCGGAAAGGAACAUUGUGCCCGUGUCAACUGGAAAAGAUCCGCAAGCAGCCUUGGAAGACGGGAUGUUGACCUCCACAAACCCGCCAACAUCUCCAUCGGAAAAUCCAAUACAAACCACACAUGCUCUCAUCAUUGAUGGUCAAGCGCUUCAAACCGCUCUUCAACCACAAAACCGUUCUACACUUUUAAAACUCUCAACGCACUGCACUUCGGUGAUUUGUUGCCGUGUAUCUCCACUCCAAAAAGCGCAAAUCGUCACUCUCAUCAAAGAAACUGGCGCAAUGUGUUUAUCCAUUGGUGACGGUGCGAACGAUGUCAGUAUGAUCCAGGCUGCCCAUAUCGGUGUUGGAAUUGCCGGACAGGAAGGAUUACAGGCUGCCAUGGCGUCUGAUUAUGCGAUUGCACAGUUUAGAUUCUUGGAGCGGUUGAUGUUGGUUCAUGGUCGGUGGAGUUUUGGAAGGAUUUGCGAGAUGAUUUUGUGUUUCUUUGUAAAGAAUGUGGUUUGGGUGAUGGUUCUCUUUUGGUAUCAAUUCUACGCCGGCUUUUCUGCCCAGUCGGUCUACGACUUUACCUACACUCUUCUUUACAACAUUGUCUUUACCGGACUCCCCGUCAUUAUGAUUGGAGUAUUCGAUCAAGACCUCUCACCCCGCUCUAUUCUCAGUCAUCCGGCCGUCUACCACAGCGGAACAAAGUGGGGAUUCAGUAUGGGGAGAUUCGCGGCAUACAUGCUUGACUCUGUUUAUCAGUCUCUGGUUAUUUUUUAUUUCGCUUGGGCUGUCGUGAGAGAAGGAGGGUCGAUGUGGGGGAAUGGGCAAGUCCCAGGUUUGGAUUUUCUCGGCUGCACAACAGCGAUAUGUGGUGUGGUGAACGCAAACUUGGUCGUCAUCCUAUCAACCAACUCCUUCACGUGGAUGAAUGCCAUUUUCUAUACUUUGAGCGAGAUCAUCGUAGUACUGUGGACAGUGCUGUACUCGUUUUUCCCUGGGUCGACUUUGUGGGGUGUCGUUAAUGAACUCUUUACGACACCUGUUUUCUGGCUAGUUGUCUUGUUGACUACGAUUUGCUGCCAGCUUCCCAAACUUGCGUUGCGGUUCGGCAAGCGAAUGAUUAGACCUAGUAAUGCGGAGGUGGUGCAGGAGAUCCAAAAGGUUGAGAAUCAAGUUGGACCAUCUUGGAAAGUGCGGCAAGAGGAACCCUGCGAACAGGGAGAAACGACUCUACCACCAGCACAAGAGUCAAUGCAACAGCAGAGUACGAGUGCAGAGCCAGGGUCUCCCACCCGACCCUCCCAGACGCAAUCAUCACUUGCACGCCCUUCCAUCCUCAUUUCGGAGCAUACACCAUCGUCCUACCACGCGAACAUCGGAACUUCACCCAAGGACUCUCCAACACUCAGCGUGAUGCAAACAGGCAAAACCCUUCGUAACAGGGGGUACUCCUUCUCGCAGUCCCCUGGGGCACUUGAACUACUGGCGGCACACUCCGGUGUCGAAUUAGACGCGACUGCCGCCAGUUUGGGCCGAGUUUUCAAAAGCGAGGCACGAUUGAUUCAUAAGGAAGGCAAUGGCGCCGCCCUGAUUGUGAGGACCAAGACAGCGCCAGGGAGGCUCAAAGCGGGAAAGGAGGGCGAGAAGAGGAGAGGGGAACUUCCUUGGAAUGGGACAAAGAUGGAGGGAGAUGAAUUGAAUGGAAUUGACAAUCAAGUAUGA